AUGCAGUCUACUCACGCGAGGCAGUCCUCGAACGACGAUGCAGAUCGCACCAACCGCUUCCUCUCGUCUUCGAGCGGCGCAGACACGCCUAAUACCCUCAGUCUCCGCGAGCGUGCUGCCAGCCAGCCACCGCGCACCUCCAACUCGCAGGCCUUCCUCGCAUCGCCGUCCCUUCAAUCGAUGCGCACCAGCUCAGGAGGCCCUGGAGUCUGGCCCCGAUUCUCGUCCGGUCUGAACUUUGACUCCUCACUCCAGCCGGGCCUACCGUCCUCUGUUCCGACCCGCAGCUCUUCAUUCUCCACCAGGGCUGGCUCUGCCUUUCCUUCUGCCAUGCGCGAUUCCCGCUUUGCGUCCACCUUCGAAGACGAUGAGUCUGAAGCACUCUCCGACAUGAACGACCCCUUCGACGACCGCUACCUCGGCACGUCUCCUCCCGCCGCGAUUGGCUCAGGCAUCCCUGGCCGCGGCCGUACUUAUGCCGCAGAUAUGACGCGCAGCCGCUCCCAGUCUGUCGCGACAACCACCCGUCCCGGUGCCCUUGGUUCAGCCUUUAACGGCGCAGCCCUUUGGAACGACCCCGCCUUCUCGGGCUCGAAUCCGCUGCAGAUUCCGCCCCCUACAUCGCGCUACGACAACAUCAAGCCCGCCGGCAGCAGCCGCUAUGGCAGCUUGGGCGCGCUCGGUCGCUCUCCCUCGAACGGUUAUUCACAUGGCGUCAGCAGUUUCACGGACCAGUCGAAUAUGAGCCCGUUUGUUCGCGAUCUUCAGCAAAUCAUGAACGAUGAUGUCACACCUUACCGGGACCCCUGGCUUUCGCGCGGUGGAGCUGACGAGAAUGGUGGCGGCGGCAGCGGUACGACCUCUCGCCGACACAGCGUAAGCGUCAUCGCUCGCCCACGGCCGUCUGUCGUAGGUUUCAACGCGCCUGGGCUAGACUCAGACGAAUCCAUGCAACAUGGCCAUUCCGCAGGAUACAGCUUCUCAUCUGCUAGCAGUGGAGGAGGGCUUCUUCUCACCGACGACGACCUUGCGAGCGACCUCGGCAUGCUAUCCCUUGGCACCGAAACAGGCCGUUCCCCUCAUCUCGCCGGCACCGCCGCACCGUCGUCGCUGCCCAGUGGCUCGGGUCUCGCACGCAGCCCUGCUUACGAGCGUCUCUCGCCGUAUCAGCCGCUGCACCUGAACAUCCCUGGUGGCACCGCAACCGGCUACCGUGGUGGCGCAGUAGGGUCUCCGAGUGAUAGUGCAUUUAGCGGCGGCAGUCCUAGCCGUCACCAGCUUGAGGGCGAGUAUCCGCCUCAGGCGCGAGAGAACGUCGGGCGUGGGCUUACGGCACGGUUCGUACCUGGGCAAGGCAUUCAGCAUAUCCCUGAGGCGAGCUUAUUGCCCACACCGAUCACUCCAGGUGGCCAGUUGAGGAGUGGUUACGCCGGAGGCGCGAUGCAACGUCGCGCGUCGGACGCGACGAAAAGCAUCACAGAACUCGGGAAGGGCGUUCCCCUGCAUGCGGUACCGACCAGCUGGCCACUGUACAUUGUCGAGUUCAAGGCAGGCCGCACAGAUUUGUUCUACUGCACGGACCUCGCGCUCGACAUUCGUGUCGGGGAUCUCGCCAUUGUCGAAGCUGAUCGCGGACGCGAUCUGGGCAAGAUCGUCAAUGACACGAUUACACUGGCCGAGGUGGAAGAGUUCCAGCGUCAGCAGAAGGCUAUGAGCAGCUAUGCCGAAGUCCAGGGGCAGAUGCCUACGAGUCCGACUGGGCAGGGCGCGAAGGAGAUCAACCCGAAGCAGAUUUAUGAGAAGGCGAGGGCGGAGCACACGCAGGGUUUGGCGCAGAAGGUGGCGGACGAAGCUAAGGCUCUUGAACUCUGCCGCACGAAAGUUAAGCAGCGCAAGCUGCCCAUGGAGGUCGUCGAUGCGGAAUACCAGUGGGAUCGUCGUAAACUCACGUUCUACUUCAUUGCCGAGAAGCGCAUCGACUUCCGUGAGCUCGUGCGCGAGCUCUUCAGGUUGUAUAAAACUCGUAUCUGGAUGGCGUCCCUUGGCGGACCCGCUGCACACGAACAAUGA